AUGUUGAUGCACAUAGUCCACGACUACCGGGAGAAGGCCCGGAGGUGCCAGCGUAGUUACGAUGAGGCCCAGGCGAGGUACUUGGCCGCCGAGGCGAGGUACCAGGCCUCCGAGGCCGAACGUCAGGUGCUCCAAGAAAGAAUUGGAGCAUCCGAGGAAAGAACUCGAGCUCUGACCGCCGAGCUCGAUGAAGAAAAGGGCGCGCAUACCCUGGCAAGGUCCGAACUGCGCGCCGCGGAAGCUCGUCUAGCCGCGGCUGAGCUGGCGUUGGCCUCCCGGGAGCAGGAGGUGGGGAAUGCCCGCCUCCGACAUUCAGAGCUCGAGCGGGAAAUAAGAACCCUCGAGCAGAAGGCCGCAUACCACGAGGCUCGGGAGCUCGAGGCUCGGGAGCAAGCUCAGAGCGCGGUGGCGCUCUUUCGCGAGUCGGAGGAGUUCCGCGACCUCCUAGCAGAGGAGGGGGUGAACGGGCUAAUCCAAGGGGUCGAGAGGGGUGAAGCGGCCGAGGCGAUCCCCGAAGUCACCAAGGUCGCCUCCGAGGUCGCUCCUGCUGCUGCCGAGGCCGCCGAAGAGGCCCCGACUGCCGAGCCAGCUACUCCUGGUACUACUGGAGCCGAAGUAGUCGAGCUCGAGACUUGA